AUGAUGGAGAAUGGUGUUAAUCCGGACUGGAAUCUCCAUGCUAGAUCUCAAUUCAAGGAAAAUCUCCUCUCUAACUCGGACCAUCAACAGCUCGAUUAUUAUGGUCCACUCCCACCAGAUUUUAGCAAGCCUAGAGAACAGAAGGUCGACCCCUUCUACCAACCACAUCAGGGCGUCACAUGCCAUGCGGGGAAUACCAGUAUGGAAAUACCAGCACCUAUAUCAAGGCCUGUUCCUUCUAUGGUCGGGCUGAACGGAGAAGAGACAACCUCCACUCGACCUUUUUGGGUCACCCGGACAUACCUUAAGCCACCUCGAUCAGUACCAUCCCCCAUAGACCGAGAUAAUAACAUCAGAUCUUCCUCAGCUCCAAGUGCUACAUCAUUAAUUGGGAAGCCAAGCGUUAAGAAUUUACUGAAACGAUUUGACGCCAACAAUGAAGAAUUAAUGGCUGUCUCCCCCACUAAAAGUAGGAUACUAAGUAGUUUCGAUGGCGGUAAAACAUUCACGUCUAUGAGCUCAUUACUGAAUUACCACACGUCAGUCGGAACGCAAAAUCAUUCCAACACCUCUACAAAACAGACUACCGCGACCAAUACUGAUGUGAAAGAGGAAGAAACAACCAAAAGUAGUCUGAAUAUCAAGGAAAAUAAACCCACUACUUCCAUAGAAGCAUCCAAUCUCGAAAAGUCUAUGACAAUAUUUUCACCUAUAUUUCACAGACCAUUCUUCGAGGAAAUGGCUCCUAGUCUUGAACUUGCUUGUAUGUCUAAUAGAACAACCCAAAAAACUCGGAGUAUCAGUGACCCCAAUGGGAGUUUUCUAGAUUCUGUCAUAGUCAACUCUCCACCUACAUGGAACUUGGGACGAGUUGGAUUAAAUGACAUAGAUUACUCUAAGUCUCACAACAGAAACCAUAGCGACUCUGCCGAUUCAAAAGCAAAUAUAAUGAGCAAUAGAACUCCAAGACAUUCAAAGACCUAUAGUUCGCCCUCUUCUUCUCCGCUGAGCUCUCGAAUACCCAUAGCUACAAGUAGACUUGUAAAUUCAUUAUCAUCGCCCACGAGUCCAAUUCGGAGACACAAUUCUCAAAUACAGAAUGCUCGAAAUACCAACUCCUCUGACUUUAAACUGCCGAGAACCCCCUCAAAAAGACAGUCGUCUCACAACUCAGAUCGCCAUGAACAAAAUACGGCCUCCAAGCCCUCCUUGAAUACAUCUAAGCCUUCAAAGCCUCCCGCACUUGGCUCCCCGCUACAAACUUUGGGUGGAAAACUGCUACGAAAAUCAUCACAGAGCAGCAGUAUUCGGGAUACAAAUACAUCUGUAAUGGCUCUUGAAAUGGUAGAUUUCGUUGCACGUAGACAAACCGUGCACAGAGCCUUUACGAAUAGAUUAAAAGAGGAUGGUCAUCAGCAUCCAAGCCUAAAAAUACAUGAAAGGAUACUCAACAGCGAUGAUACAAAUUUUGUUGAACCGGAAGAGAGUCGUAAUUGCAUUGGUGAUGACGAGAUCGAAGCCUCUUACGAAACUCCUUCACUGACCCCCCGACCUAAAUCUUCUAAUUCCAACAAAAGGCUACCUUAUGGAAGCUGUAUCCCAUCAAAUGAAGGCUGGAAUUCACCUGCAUUAGCACUGCCUGGAUCUUACGUACAUGAUGACCAAUCUUCUCCAGCAGUAUCCAGCGUUACUGAGAAUGAUAAUGAACCCCAAAUUGAGGCUAAAGAUGUUCACCGUAAAACUUCAAAUUCGAGUCUACUAUAUGAUUAUGUCGCAUACACCGAAGAUCAAAAUAAUUUUGGAGAAACCUAUGAUGGAAUAGAACAUUUGACCCUGGACUCUUCGCAAAAUAGUGUCACUGGUGGAAAUAUGCCUAACAUCGACGAAACAGAUUCAUCAAAAAGUGACGGAGAAAAUCAAUCUCCGAAGGCUCUCGAAAAGAAAGACGAUGCUUUCAAGACCUCCCAUUCUGAAUCGAUACCACAGUGCUUUAGUCCUACAGUAUCACAAUCUAGAAGAUCCAGUGAAGCUUUCACCACAGAUAAGGAUGGCGCAAAUCAAUAUUGUUCUCCUAAGAUAGUCAAUAGUAGCAAUCAACGGCAAUCUGGCUGUAAAACUGAAGAGUUUGAAAAAUCUUUGCAAGUUUCUACGGACGAUAGAAGAGAUAGCAAUACCAGCAGCGAUAGCGGAGCUCUUCAAACUCCAUUGACCGAGACAUAUUAUGAAGCCCUUGAAAACAGCUUCAUUGACCUUAAUACCCUGAACAAAAAAUCAUGUGUUAAACAAGGCCUUAUAAAAUCACAACAUCGUGAGAGUAACUGCGACAAUUCACCUGAGAAAAGAUUGCUUUCUCAUCAAGUUAGCCCACCUAGUCCGGAAGAAAGAGGACCGACACCACCUCCUAAGUCUCCGCAGACUAUUACAAUAUCACGCUCCAAUAUUCAAAUAAAUAGUCCCAUUCCUUCACCUCGAUAUCCCAAAUCUUUAGUUAGUCCGCUACUACCUCCGCUCGUUACAGGUGAAGGGUUCUCUUUCACAUUUGCCCGUAAUGAUGCCGCAAACUUGAACUCCAGUAAAGCUUCGACUUCUGAAUAUGCGCAAAACUCAUCACCAUUCAGAAGAUCAGCAUCAACUCCAAGAAGGCAAUGUACACCUUCACCUGAUAUACGCAUGUCACGCGCAAAUACAGGAGCAGCAACUCGGACAUUAGAAUCCACUUCUUCUGCUUGCGCACCUUAUUCUCGGCGAGCUUCCAUUUCAACGCCGCGCUCAUGCGCUCGUAAUUCACUCGAGAAACACGAUCCAUUUGUAAACCCGAACGAAGAUCUCACCAGCCACCCUGAAACAGAAGAAGAAAAGCGCUACACUCAAGAGAACUGCAAGCGCCUAUACCAGCGCAGUAUGGUAAUCAAGGAAUUAAUUGAUACUGAAGCGGUAUAUUUAAAGGAUAUGAACGUCAUAGAGGAAAUUUACAAAGGAACUGCCGAAGCAUGCCCAAAUCUUCAAUCAAGCGACAUCAAAAUUAUCUUCAGAAAUACGGAAGAAAUCGUAACCUUCUCAGGUAGACUUUUGGAAGACCUAAAAUUGGCAGCUUUUUCUAUAUACGCAUCACGUGGUCGGAAAGUAAAAACAAACCCUUCAAAUACCUUAACAUCUUCGACGGAUACUGACGGCUCAUCCGUUGCCGCAUCUUUGAAUGACGAAAGUGAAGAACAACGGGAUAGAAAGACUUGUAUUGGCGCAAGCUUUUGUAGGCACCUUUCUCAAAUGCAAGUGAUAUAUACAGAAUUCCUAAAAAAUAGUGAAGCCGCCAGCUCAAGGUUGGCAGACCUACAAAAAGACACAGCAGUGAAAGUUUGGCUUGGUGAAUGUAAUACAGUGGCCAAAGAUCUAACCGCUGCAUGGGAUCUCGAUGCACUUCUUGUCAAGCCUGUUCAGCGCAUAACCCGAUACCAACUACUACUGAAGCAAAUAAAAUCUACCACACCAGAUGACCAUCCAGAUUGUGAAGCAUUGGAUACCUGUUGCCAGCAGCUUUCAAAACUGCUUACAGAAAUAGAUGAUCUGAAGAAACGGAUUCAUGUGGUUGCGAAAAUUGUUGGCAGAAAACGAAAAGAAUCAGACGUUCGAACUGGAAUCGCAAAAGCAUUCGGCCGACGAGUAGAAAAAUUGAACCUGAACCCUAACCGCACCAAAGAUGAUGAAGAAUAUUUAAAAAUGUAUGAAAAGUUCGGAGACGACUAUUUAAGACUCCAGGUCGUCCUUCGCGACGCUGAGUUCUACAGUCGACAAGUUUCUACGUACGUCUCUGAUCAUUUGCGGUAUUUCUCAGCCAUGGAGUUAGUAAUGCGUAUGAGCCCGGCUGGGUAUUCGAUGAUUGAAAGCAAGUGGGUAAGGUUUAACAUAUCCAUGCGAGAGAUGGGCACUCACUUCAUUGAAGAUCAUAUAAAUGAAGUUCGCAAGUUUGUGAUUGAGCCCUUUGAGCGUACAAUCUCUGCAUAUAACGGACCCAUUCUUGCAAUGAAGAAAAGGGACAAGCGUAGACUUGACUACGAAAAGGCUCUGUCUUUGAAGAAUACGGGAAAAAAGGUCGACGAGAAACUACAAAACCUUAGCAACGAGUAUUCUGCUCUCCAUGAAACACUCAAGUGGGAGCUUCCUAAGCUAUCUCAGUUAACUGAAACUAUGGGAAAAUAUAUUUUGGGACACUUCAUUUGUAUACAGGAAAAGUGGUACGCUACGUGGGUGAAAAAAAUUCGAAAUGUUCUCGAAGAAAAUGAGCUUCCUAAAGAUAUCUCAGACAUUAUCGAAACCUUUCACCGAGAUUAUAAACAUGAGGAGACGCGGAUAAUGGAACUUGGAAUCGUUAAUGGAAGCUUUGGAAGUGAGCUUAGCUUCAAGGGAUACAAAUCUCGAUCUCAGUCCCGUCGUGUUUCUGAUGUUAGUAUCUUGUCACCGCCUGAACAUGCAGAAGCGCCAUUUUCAAACCGAUUGAGUGCGAAUUCAAGUGGCUUUCGAGUACAGAGCUCCACGGUGACGCAAUCAUCUUCGGUUUGUACGCAGGCCUCUUCAGUGGUGGAAGCACACGUAAUAACGCGUGGAGCUCCAAGUUCACCGGCGGAUCGUUUUACAAGACCAAACACAGGAAGAAGUUUUAACUCUGAAAGUGGUUCCCGAGCUAUUAGUGAUGUUAAUUUUAGAAGAGAAUCUGGAUCAACGUAUGGCUCUUUCCACGAAGGGAUAAAGCAAACUUCUCGGCCACAUUCUGGUCUUUUCCAUUCGGCUUUGCCUAUGGGAGAAAACGAAGAAACCACUCUGUCCAGAGGCUCAUCUCGAGAUAGGAAUAUAUCAAGAGGUUAUACUAUUCUAUACCUCGCCGCAUCUCUUUUUGAAUUCAACAUUAGUGCCACCAAGCAAGAGGCAGGAUAUCCAUAUUUAACCUAUCAGGCUGGCGAGAUCUUUGAUGUAAUAGGCGAAAAAGGGGAGCUUUGGUUGGCAAAAAACCAAGACGACACUACCGAUACUGUCGGCUGGAUUUGGAGCAAGCACUUUGCUCGGCUCGCGGCUAAUUAA